AUGACCGCGGCGCCACGCCGCCUCCUCCGUACUCUCCUCGGCUCGCCGUUCGGGAUGGGAGACUCGACCUCCAGGCUGCCCAGCAGAGCGGAGGCCCUGCCCGGCCGGAGCCAGAGCAUCCGGGUGUCAGCUAAACACCAUGUCAACGGAAACAGAACAGUGGAACCUUUCCCAGAGGGAACACAGAUGGUUUUAUUUGGUAUGGGAUGUUUCUGGGGAGCAGAGAGAAAGUUUUGGACACAGAAAGGAGUCUACUCCACUCAAGUGGGUUAUGCAGGAGGGUGUACCCCAAAUCCCACCUAUGAAGAGGUUUGUUCAGGGAAAACUGGCCAUACAGAAGCGGUGCGAGUAGUAUAUCAGCCAGAAAACAUCAGAUUUCAGAAGCUGCUCAAGGUCUUCUGGGAGAAUCAUGACCCGACACAAGGAAUGAGGCAAGGUAAUGACUUUGGCACACAGUAUCGCUCGGCCAUCUACACAUUCUCUCAGGAACAGAUGGAAGCUGCUCUGCGAUCUAAAGAGGAUUAUCAAAAGGUAUUGACGGAGAGCGGUUUUGGCACAAUCACAACAGAAAUCCGUGAGGCUCCGGAGUUCUAUUACGCUGAAGAUUACCAUCAACAGUAUCUAAGCAAGAACCCCAAUGGCUAUUGUGGACUUGGGGGCACUGGGGUAUCCUGUCCAGUUAGUAUUAAAAAAUAAUCCAUGCGCACACUACUGC